AUGACUCUCUAUUACAGUCUUGUGUUCCUUCUCCUGGUGUUUGAGAUGGCGGUCUUCCUGGCCCUCAUCGUCCCGCUGCCGUUUACCGUUAAGCGAAAGCUUUUCGCCUUCAUUUCGGAAAGCCCUAUUAUCGCGAAGUUACAAUAUGGCUUGAAAAUCACUUUCAUCUUCAUCUUGAUCCUCUUUAUCGACAGCGUCAACCGAGUGUACCGUGUGCAGCAGGAGCUGGCGGCCUUCUCCAAGGAUGGCGCUGGAGUCGGAGCUGCACACCUGGGCACCGACCGCAUGGAGGUGCAAGCCCGCAAGUUCUACUCGCAACGCAACAUGUACCUUUGCGGCUUCACCCUCUUCCUCUCGCUGAUCCUGAACCGCACCUAUAUCAUGAUCCUGGAAGUCCUCCGUCUCGAGGACCGCGUUAAGCUUCUCGAGGGAGACAAGAAGGUCGGUGGCAAGGAUUCUGCCCGUGUCGCAGAGGCUGGCUCAGCCGGGGAGAUUGGCGCACUUAAGAAGGAGCUCGCGGCCAAGGACCAUGACAUCGAGACCCUCAAGAAGCAGUGCGAGGGAUUGACCCGCGAGUACCACAAUCUCGGUGACCAGGUUGCCGGCAGCAAGGGAGAAGAGAACAAAAAGAAGGACCUGUAA